UGAGAGCUUUAAAUAAUCUAAUCAAACAACUCUAAGAAAAAUUCUCCUACUUUUUCUCUGUGCUUCAAUCUAUAUCUAUUUAUAAGGGGAAACUUGUUAUGCUCAAAGCUACUUACCUUUCUGUGCUUUAAUAGUAGUUGUCAUACAAUUUUAAACCUUUCACUGAUCAGCAUGCCUAGUGUUCUAAGGGCAAGCUGCUUGUUGCUACCAUUCUUGGUCAUUUUUUCGAUGCUUGUAGUGAGCUCAGAGGCGCGUCUUUCUCUCGUUUUCUCAACUCUUCCAAAUAAAACUGAUAGCCAUCUCUUUUUUCGUAAACUUGUGUUUCAUGUACCCAAAAAUGAGUUUUAUCGGAGAAGGUUUCUUGUUGACGUGAACAGAACUGCACCCGGAGGACCAGAUCCCCAACAUCAUUAGCAACUUAGGAUUUUUUAUUGCCAGAAAUAACACUUGAGUUGCCGAAACUUUUCUCGAAGUUUAGUCGCUAAAUUAUGUAGCAGAUGACAUGCAUGGUUGUGUUCUUACGGCUUAGGAUGCAAAGUUUUGGGAUUUGUUUUGCUAAGUUCUGGCAAAACUCCUUGUUCGUUUGAGCAUUCAAAGAUAUGAUCAUCCCUAGUACUAUUCUUGUUUCGAAAAUCUGAAUUCGCUGUGCCACGACCUUGCUGCCGGUGAUCUGAUCUCACUCCAAGCCUCCAAUUGUCUUUUUGUUUUGUUUUGAUUUUGAUUUUGAUUUUUAACUAUUUACUUAAUGAAUUCUGUUUAUCAGCUAGGAAAAUGUUGUAUUGUUAUAACUAAGUAAUGCGAUCACUUCUUUCUUAA